AUGAGAUCACUCACCAUGCCGCUUCUCCUCCCUACCUCUUCCUUCAAAACAACAGCCACCGUCGUCAUCGCCGGCGUAUUUUCUAUUGCCGCGGCGGUGAGUUUCACUGUUCCUUCAGUUUCGCUUUUCUUAACGUCGUGCUUUCCUAUCGUCUAUGAUAACACAGUCUUCCUCAUCAAGCCACCGUAUCUUUACUUACUCACCAACUGUAUCAUCGUCACCAUCGUCGCUACUUCUAAGCUCACGCAGAAAGCAUCUUCUAAUAUCGAUGAGUCUGAGUUCUCGGAAGUAGUAACGCCGGUGACAGUAGUACCCGCGGUGCCUUCUGAUAUCGACACUGGUUACUUAAACGUGGCGCAAGUCGUCUCUAAUUAUACCGGUUUUGAAGAGAAUGAUGCACCGGUUGAAGAUGUCCACGAAGGACCCAUCACUGAUGGUAACGUGAUAGUUGUGGAUGGUCAACAAGAUCAACAUGCAGAGACGGAGAAGCCAAAACCGAGUAGUGCCUCUCCGGAACCGGAGAAGGAGGAGACAAAACAGAAGAGUGGUUCGCCGGAGGUUUCGGUUGUGAAGCUGUCGAGGAAACCGCCGAGAUUCAGUCAACAAAGAUCGCUUAAAAAUAGCCAAGAAGGGGGUGGUGGAAGUGGAACUAAAAAGUCAAAGGACUCGAGGAGGCAGGACACGCUGGAGACGACGUGGAAGAAGAUAACGGAAGGACGCUCGACGCCGUUAACGAAGAACUUGACUAAAUCCGACACGUGGCAAGAAAGGUCGCACGUGCAAAAGAAGGAGAAGAUGACAAAGUCUGAGAACUUAAAUGACAUAAAGAAACCUACGGAGUCGGAGGGGACGUUGCGGUUGAAACGAGAGCCAUCGCCGGGCCAGGAAGAGCUGAACAGGCGUGUAGAAGCGUUUAUCAAGAAGUUCAACGAUGAGAUGAGAUUGCAAAGACUAGAAUCUUUGGCCAAGUAUAACCAGAUGGUUAAUGGAGGGACUCGUUUGUAAUAUUCUAGGUUGUUUUUUUUUGGUCUUUUCUUGGAAGAAGUUUCAGAAAAAUAAUGCAAGUAGGUAGACAAAAACAAUGUGUACUUAUUGCCAAAGAGGAAGAUGUGUACUUUUAUUGUAUGUAAUGAUUGUUAUAUUUUGUCUACUUCUAGGGCCUCAUUACUCG